AUGGAGAAUGGUUCGACCUUGUCGAAGCACUUGGAUGCUUUUGACGAGCUUGUUGUCGGCCCCAGACACUUGGAGAAUAAUUCCAAGGACAUUACGCUCAUCGAGGUCAAGGAAAAGCUGCUCAAGGAGCAUGAACGAUUGCAGAGGAAGGAGACUACGGAGAAGGCGUUUCCUGUAAGCAGCAACGGUAGACGGUUCAAGGGAGGCCAAGGUAACGGCCGCAAGGGAAACUAUCUACGGAAAACCAACACCGGAAUUAAAGGCAAGUGCUUUAAGUGUGGUCUAGUCGGACACUAUAAGCGGGACUGCCUGAAGCGUAGCAAUGGCGAGGAAAAAGGUGCUGUGUUUGCUGCUGGUGAGUUGCAAUGCGAAGAAUGGCUUAUCGACAGCGGGGCUACGUCGCACAUGACACCACAUCGGAGCGAUCUAUUUGAGUACAAGGAGUUGAAGACUGGUCAACAAGUCUCUAUCGCUGAUGGCAAGAAGCUGCAGGUAGCUGGAGUGGGAACAGUCAAGCUGAAAGGUCUAGACGGUCGACGGAUCAUGAUGGUCGAUGUCAUGCACAUACCAGGACUUGACAAACGAUUGCUGUCCGUUGGCAAACUGGCAGGACGAGGCAUGAGGGUGGAGUUUCAAAGCUCGUCCUGCAUCAUUUGGAGUGCCAAGCACGCGAUUGCAAGCGGCAAGAAGAUUGGCAAGGCGUACUUCCUGGAUUGCGAACAAGAAGAAGCCCGGCUUGUAGAAUACGCAGGGGCUGAAAGUGAGUGGGAGCUUUGGCACGCUUGCUUGGGAUACCCCGGAAGAUCUGGUAUGGACAAGACACAGCGCGCUACGAGUGGUAUGCCGGAGGUAAAGCAGGGCAUCGAGAAGCUGUGCAGUGGAUGCAUGAAGGGCAAGCUGACGAUCGAUACAUUCCCGUCUCAAUCGCUAACAAGGACGUCACGUGUGUUGGAACUAGUACACACGGACGUGAUGGGACCGAUGAAGACGGUCUCAAAGGGUGGUGCACGACUCGUAUUGACAUUUGUAGACGACUACUCAAGAUUUGUGGCAGCGUACUUCAUGAAGCACAAGAGCGAGGUGGCCGCAAGGCUUAGCGAGUUCAAGGCUUUCUAUGAGAAUCAAUGGGGCAAGCACUUGAAGUGUAUACGGUCGGAUAACGGGACGGAGUUUGUCAACAAGAAGAUUGCCCAUAUAUGCGCCCGUAAUGGUAUCAUGCACCAGCGGACAGUACCAUAUAGUCCGCAACAGAACGGCGUUGCGGAACGCAUGAAUCGCACUAUCAUGGAGAAGGCAAGGAGCAUGCUGUACUACAAGGGUAUCGACAUGCAGUGGUGGGCAGAGGCGGUCAGUACGGCUGUGUACUUGAUCAACAGAUCCACAAACUCUGCAAAUUCGGACGUAACACCGUUCGAGGUUGGUUUCAAGAUGAAGCCGAGUAUUGAGCAUUUGCGUGUGUUUGGAUCGCAAGGGUAUGCUCACAUUGACGACGCCAAGAGGACGAAGCUCGAACCAAAGAGUUACCGGUGUAUGUUCCUCGGAUAUGCGGAGAACACCAAGGGAUACAGGGUGUUCAAUCUGGAAAGGUCGAAGGUUGUCAUAUCGCGCUCCGUAAAGCUGGACGAGCGGGAAGUUGAAGGCAUAUACGACACGGUGGUACCAGAUAAAGUACCAGUCGUCAAUUAUAUUAGGGACACUGAUGAAGCAGUGAUUCCGGUGAUUCGUCCGUAUGAUGGAGACGAGACGAUGGAAGAUGUCGAAGAAAGCGCUCCUGAUGUCGAGAUGGACGAGAUAGAAUCGGCUCCAUUCGAAAUAGGUAUCAUCAUACCUCAAGUACUCGAUCCAGAAACUCAAGAACCAAGAGGCGAUGAGAUAACGGGAUAUCAAGCUCCGAGACAAGCUUUUCAGGAGGACAGGUUGGUAUUUCAGCCGGAGAUAAAUCGGACAAGACGCUCACGAGACAGAAUGCUGCUGCUUGAGAAUGGGAAUAGCAGUGAAGACACGUCAGAAGGUAGCGAUGGACCACCUUCUCCAAAGCAAGCAAGAAUUGAUGACGAAGGUCUCAUUACAGAGGCUGUAUUAGCCUAUGCUGCAAGCGUUGGCGAGGCGGACGACGCUCCAUCAACAUACAGCCAAGCGUUAAAAGGCGAAGACAACAGCAAGUGGAUUCAAGCGAUGCAAGCGGAGCUCAAGGCGCACGCCGAUAACGGGUCCUGGACACUGUACCAAAACGGCAAGACAUUCGACCAAUCGGGUGCAGAUGGAUAUUCGCUAAGAAGCGAAACGAACACGGACAAGUGGGUUGUGCUAGCUGUGGUGGUGACAAAGGGAUACGUCACUGAGCAGCUGGACGUAGACACGGCGUUCUUGAACAGUGAUCUCAAGGAAGAGGUGUACAUGGAAGUGCCAAAUGGCAUAGCUAAUGCGGAGAAGAUGAUGUGCAAGUUGGACAAGGCAAUCUACGGUCUCAAGCAGGCUGCAAGUGCGUGGAACAAGACAAUCCAUGCUAAAUUCUUACAGAUCGGAUUUCGUAGCAGCGGAGCAGAUCAGUGUAUCUACGUCAAGCAUCAAGAUGACAACUAUGUCUAUGUUUGUCUCUACGUCGACGACAUGAUCAUCGCCGCCAAGACCAGCAGGGAGAUUCAAGAGGUCAAGACAGCACUCAAGAGCUCAUUUCGUAUGAAGGAGCUAGGCAAGGCUAAAUUUAUUCUUGGCGUGGAGAUUGAUCAUGACCACAACUGCAGUAAGCUGAUGAUUCGACAGACUCGAUACAUCGAUGAUGUGGCCAGCCGUUUUAAUCAAGAGGACGCAAAGACAGUGGUCAACCCAUGCGAGUCCGGCCUGAAGCUGUCAAAGAAACAAUCCCCAACGACGGAUGUCGAUAGAGCAGAAAUGCAGUCAAAGCCGUACAGGUCACUGAUCGGAUGUUUGCUAUACAUCACGACAUGUACGCGCCCAGAUGUGAUGUAUGUCAUCACGCAGUUAUCAAGGUUUUUGGAGAAUCCAGGUCAGCAACAUUGGAAGGCAGCCAUUCGUGUUCUUCGGUAUCUCAAGACGACAAGAGACUACGGGAUAAUCUACGACGGCAGCGCUAGCAAAGUAACAGCUACAGCGUAUACGGACGCGGACUGGGGUAGCAACAUCGAUGAUCGACGCUCCGUGUCAGGGAUAAUGGUGAUCAUCGGUGGCGCACCAGCCAUAUACAAGUCCAAGUAUCAACGCACGGUGGCUCUAAGCUCUGCUGAGGCAGAGUACAUGGCUUUAAGCCUGUGUACACAGGAAGUGUUAUGGGUUCGUGCGCUGCUUAAGGAUCUAGGUCACGAGCAAGUGGGAGCAACGUGGGUCUGGGAAGACAAUCAAGGAGCAAUUGGGCUUGCCAGCAAUGCCAGCUACAAUGUCAGAACUAAGCACGUUGACAUUCGUCACCACUUCAUCCGGGAGAAUGUGGCCCACGAUAUCAUCAUGGUCAAGUACAUCUCCAUUAUGGACCAAUUGGCCGACAUGCUAACGAAGGCUCUGGGGACCAAGCGACUGAACUAUUUGAUACAAGCAAGCUGCAUUGGACCCAAGGGCAUUUAG